AUGCAUGAGAUGAUCGGGAACAAUGUCUCGAACGUUGAAUCUGCAAUGAUUCAGGUUGUGGGUCGCGUGCAGGAGACCGGUGCAGGAGACCGAGUGCAGGUCUUGUCUGCAGGACCAUGGUCCCUGGGCCCAAUGUGUUGUGCUCGACGGACCCUUUGGUCGUCUCUGGCUGCACAAAUUAUCAUUGGAGUGGGAACGACGGCCGUUGCACCUAGUUUGGGAGUGGAUCAUCUGGACGGACCCCGGAGGGAUACCGUCCCCUCCCUCCUCCUGGUCCCCAGCAGCACCCUCCCCGAUCUGCUGCUGCCGGUCCCGAGCAACCUUCAUCCGAUUGAUAAGUUUCGGACCCCAAAGAUGUCAGCACUUUCUGUUCACUUCGAUACCAUUUCGGAAACGCCCAUGUUGACCACUAUGUCGCGGCAUUCAGAUAUGUCCGAUGACGCGGACUCCCCCGACGCCAAGUGCUUCUAA